GCCCUUCCUGGCGGCCGCGGCCCGUCCUGGUGGUGCUGCCGGGGCGUCCCCCGGGCGGCUCUGGCCCCGCUCCCCUCGGCCGCACACACUCGGACGGGCCCUGCGGGUCCCGGCGGUGCUGCAGCGAUCGCGGCCUGGCUGCGGGGCCUGGGCUCUUGAGCAGCGCCGGGGCCGCGCUGGUGUUUCCAGCAGAAAACCCUCUCAGCCCGCCUCCCGUUGUAGAUAGAAGCCGUGCGGGGCAGAGAGCUCUGCUCGCCCCUCCGCCGGCCGGCAGCAACGGGGGCGGCACCGGGGCUGUGUGUGCCGGCGGGGGGGGGCGGCAGUGCGGUCACCUCCCCCAGAUCAAUAGCUGGGAGCCCGAGUCGCCAAGGCAACUUGGGUGUUUUCUGCUGGGUUUUUAUUCAUAAUCCUCAUGCCCGAGGGCAGAGAACAAGCACAAACCGAAUGGUGCAAAGUAGCCAAGAUUCGGACAUUUCUCUUCUCAACAUUAAUCAAGGGAUCACUUGUUUAGCUUCGGGAGUGUUGAACCCUCAGCUCGGUUAUGAUUGUCUUCUGGUUGGAACACAGACUAAUUUAUUGGCUUACGAUGUAUAUAACAACUCGGAUUUGUUUUACAGAGAGGUUUCAGAUGGAGCCAAUGCAAUAGUUCUUGGAAAGCUGGGAGAUAUUUCAUCUCCGCUUGCCAUUAUUGGUGGAAACUGUGCCCUGCAGGGCUUUGAUUAUGAAGGAAAUGACCUUUUUUGGACGGUUACCGGAGACAAUGUUCGUUCAUUAGCACUGUGUGACUUCGAUGGAGAUGGCAAAACUGAGCUUCUUGUUGGCUCUGAAGAUUUUGACAUCCGGGUGUUUAAAGAAGAUGAGAUCGUGGCAGAAAUGUCAGAGACAGAGACGAUUACUGCCCUUAGCCCCAUGUACGGCAGUCGGUUUGGUUAUGCUCUUUCCAAUGGGACGGUCGGAGUUUACGACAAGACAGCUCGCUACUGGAGGAUUAAGUCGAAGAACCAUGCGAUGAGCAUACAUGCGUUUGACCUGAACUCUGAUGGCGUGUGUGAGUUGAUCACUGGCUGGUCAAAUGGGAAGGUUGAUGCGCGCAGUGACCGAACUGGGGAGGUCAUCUUUAAGGACAACUUUGCUUCCUCAAUUGCAGGGGUGGUGGAGGGGGAUUACAGAAUGGAUGGGAGCACCCAGUUAAUCUGCUGUUCAAUUGACGGUGAAGUCCGAGGCUAUCUGCCAGGAGGUGAGGAGAUGAAAGGAAACUUAAUGGAUACAAGUGCUGAGCAGGAUCUGAUCCGAGAACUUAGUCAAAAGAAACAAAAUCUGCUGCUGGAAUUAAGAAAUUAUGAGGAAAAUGCAAAGGCUGAACUGAACACUCAACUGAAGGAAGCUGAUGGGCAGAGAGGUGUGAUUCCAGCAAACACCCAACUCCAGACAGCCCUCUCAGUUAAUCUGGGCUCCGACAGCCAGUCUGCCCACGUGGAGCUGUGUAUUUCCACCACAAAUGACACAAUCAUCCGUGCUGUGCUGAUCUUUGCUGAAGGCAUAUUUGAAGGGGAGAGCCAUGUGGUACACCCCAGUCUCCAGAACCUCUCGGGCUGUGUUCGUGUUCCCCUUACUCCACCCAAAGAUGUCCCUGUGGAUUUACACAUCAAAGCCUUUGUGGGUUACAGGAACAGCACGCAGUUCCAUGUGUUUGAGUUGACAAGACAGCUUCCCCGCUUUUCAAUGUACGCCCUGAGCAGCCCGGACUCGGCCACGGAGCCGCUGAGCUUCGUGAACUGUACAACGAAUGAGAGGCCCCAAAGGAUUGUUAUGUGGCUGAAUCAGAGCUUCUUGCUACCAGAGGAUGCAGAGUUUCAGAGCGCUCCCUUUCAGGUUUGCUUCACUUCCCUUCGUAAUGUCGGUCAGCUCUGCAUCAAAAUCAAGCCCGGCGGAGAGAUGUCCAUCAACACGGAUGAUAUUGAUCUAGCUGGUGACGUUAUCCAGUCAAUGGCCUCCUUUCUGGCCAUCGAGGAUUUGCAGGUGGAAGCAGAUUUCCCUGCGUAUUUUGAGGAGCUGCGGAAAGUGUUGGUCAAGGUGGACGAACACCACGCGGUGAAUCAGAGGCUCACGGCCGACAUGGCUGAACACUCCAACCUCAUCCGCGGCAUGCUGGUUCAGGCGGAAGAUGCACGACUCCUGGGAGACAUGAAAAACAUGAAGACACGGUACAUGGAGCUGUAUGACCUUAACAGAGAUUUAAUAAAUCAAUACAAAAUUCGUUGCAACAAUCACACGGAGCUGUUGAAUAACCUGAAAGCUGUGAACCAGGCAAUCCAGAGGGCUGGGCAGUUACGUGUUGGCAAACCUAAAACACAAGUGAUCAGUGCUUGUCGGGAUGCAAUAAGAAGCAACAACUUUAACAUGCUGUUCAGGAUAAUGCGUGUGGGAACAGCCUCUUCUUAAAACAACCAGCGGAGCAACAGUUCCACAGCGCUUCCACGCAGUGGGCAGCUAACGGACCAGGAGUGACAAGCGGUUAAUUCAGUCCCCUGCUCCACUGCAGGGUGAAGUAAUUGCAAAGGUAGCGUUUUAGUUAAGCCGUCAGGCAAUAAAUGUUGUUAUUACGCAGGCCAAAGGACAGCAAGCUUCAUGAAGAAAGCGUCAGAGUUUAAGUGCAGAUAUGAUUAUUUAUGCAAGACAGAGGUAUAACCUUGGAACAGUUAUUUUUCUUACAGUAACUUAUUUAUGUAUUUUAAUAUAUUUUGUAGUUAAGGCAUUGGCCUUUUCCAUUAAAACAUUAGACUGGU